UGUGGCUGUGCUGUUCUCCGUGACAUCUGGGGUAGGGACGCAGUUCUCCAGCACCGCUGGCCUGGCCCAACAUGGAGCAGAAGGAAGUCUUCCUUCUCCUUCUUUUAUUUCUGAAAUCAGGCCAAGGAGGCUCCCUGGAUGACUAUGUGAGCACUCAGGGGGCUUCAUUGUUCAGCAUCACCAAGAGGCACGCGGGGGCCAGCAGCGUAGCCGAGUGUGCGAGCCGCUGCGAGGAGGAGACAGCCUUCAUCUGCAGGUCAUUCCAAUACCACAGCAAAGAGCAGCAAUGCGUGAUCAUGGCUGAGAACAGCAAGUCUUCUGGGAUCAUCAGGAUGAGGGAUGUUGUUCUGUUUGAAAAGAGAGUGUACCUUGCGGAGUGCAGGACCGGCAAUGGGAGGAGCUACCGGGGGAACACGGCCAAGACCAAGGGUGGCGUUGCCUGUCAGAAAUGGAGCGCCACAUCCCCACACAGACCCAACUACACACCGGAGAAAUUCCCGGCCGAGGGCCUGGAGGAGAACUACUGCAGAAACCCAGACAACGAUGAGCUGGGGCCCUGGUGCUACACCAUGGACCCGGAGAAGAGAUUCGACUACUGUGACAUUCCCGAGUGCGAAGAGGAAUGCAUGCACUGCAGUGGAGAGAACUACGAAGGCAAAAUCUCCAAGACGGAGUCUGGACGUGAAUGUCAGGCCUGGGGCUCUCAGAGCCCCCACACCCACGGCUACCUUCCUUCCAAAUUUCCAAACAAGAACUUGAAGAAUAAUUACUGCCGGAACCCCGAUGGGGAGCCUCGCCCGUGGUGCUUCACCACCGACCCCACCAAGCGCUGGGAGCUCUGCGACAUCCCCCGGUGCGCAACCCCCCCGCCUUCUCGUCCAACCUACCAGUGUCUGGAGGGGAGAGGCGAAAGCUACCGGGGCACAGUGUCGGUCACGAAGUCUGGGCACACGUGCCAGCGCUGGAGUGAACAGUCGCCUCACGAACACAACAGGACCCCAGAGAACUUCCCCUGCAAAGGUCUGGAUGAAAACUACUGCCGGAAUCCUGACGGAGAAUCGUUCCCCUGGUGCUACACGACCAACAAGACGGUGAGGUGGGAGCACUGUGCGAUCCCCACCUGCGAGUCCUUGCCCACCACCUCGGACCACCUGGACACGUCGGCACCGCCUGAGCAAACCCCUGUCGUCCAGGAAUGUUACGAGGGCAACGGGCAGAGCUACCGAGGCACGUCGUCCACCACGAUCACGGGCAAGAAGUGUCAGUCGUGGUGGUCCAUGAGUCCACACCGGCACGAGAAGACCCCGUUGAACUUCCCAAACGCCGGCUUGACCAUGAACUACUGCAGGAACCCGGAUGCGGACAAAGGCCCCUGGUGCUACACCACCGACCCGAGCGUCAGGUGGGAGUACUGUAACCUGAAGCGGUGUGCAGACACGGGAGGGAGUGUGGAGGCGCCGGCCCCCGCCCCGGCCCCCAGCGUGCAGGCCACCUCCGCGCCAGACUGCAUGUUUGGAAACGGCAAGGGGUAUCGGGGAACGAGGGCCACCACGGUAGCCGGCACCCUGUGCCAGGCCUGGGCUGCCCAGGAGCCGCACCGACACAGCAUCUUCACCCCAGAGACCAAUCCGCGGGCAGGCCUGGAAAAAAAUUACUGCCGUAAUCCUGAUGGCGAUGUCAAUGGUCCUUGGUGCUACACCACGAACCCGCGGAAACUUUUUGACUACUGUGACAUCCCUCAGUGUGUGUCAACUUCCUUUGAUUGUGGGAAGCCUCAAGUGGAGCCGAAGAAAUGUCCUGGGCGGGUGGUAGGUGGGUGCGUAGCCCACCCCCACUCCUGGCCUUGGCAAGUCAGUCUCAGAACAAGAUUUGGACAACACUUCUGUGGAGGCACCUUGAUAGCCCCGGAAUGGGUGCUGACCGCUGCCCAUUGCUUGGAGAAGUCUUCCAGGCCUGCAUCCUACAAAGUCAUCCUGGGCGCACACAAGGAAGUGAAUCUGGAAUCCCAUGUUCAGGAAAUAGAAGUGUCCAGGCUGUUCCCGGAGCCCUCCAGGGCUGACAUUGCCUUGCUGAAGCUGAGCAGCCCUGCCGUCAUCACGGACAAAGUUAUCCCCGCUUGUCUGCCAUCCCCCAACUAUGUGGUCGCUGACCGGACGGUGUGUUACAUCACUGGCUGGGGAGAAACCCAAGGAACCUUUGGUGCUGGCCUUCUGAAGGAGGCUCAGCUCCCUGUGAUUGAGAACAAGGUAUGCAAUCGCUAUGAAUACCUGAAUGGAAGAGUCAGAUCGACGGAACUCUGUGCUGGACAUUUGGCUGGUGGUACUGACAGCUGCCAGGGCGACAGUGGAGGGCCACUGGUUUGCUUUGAGAAGGAUAAAUACGUUUUACAAGGAGUCACUUCCUGGGGUCUUGGCUGUGCGCGCCCCAAUAAGCCUGGUGUCUACGUUCGUGUUUCAAGGUUUGUUACUUGGAUUGAGGGAGUCAUGAAGAAUAAUUAACUAAAGUGGAGCAUAAACAUACCUUAAGCAUAGACUUACCUUAUGUGCUGGAACUCGGGUAGGGAAUUCAGAAUGUCACAGAUAAUCAAUAGUAAUUAAACUAAGACCCUGUACUUAGCCAGUGUCUGCUGCCAGACCCCAGCAUUUUUAUUUUUUGUAUUACUGUGAAUAAAUUUUUUCCUGUCCAUAAGCUGCUGGAUUCUGUCAUACCAAGACAACAUAAGCGGGAUGUUGUUGACAAUAAACUGUACUUACAUUGA